GGCUGUCUAAUUUUCUCCCUCCAUCUCCUCCGCACGACUGAUUUUGCGCUUGUUGCUUGUCUUCUCCUCGCGCUGUGUGAGGUAGACUGGAAUUAUUCACAAUGGCUGAAAACCAGACUCAGACCCCCGAGGUUGACUACACCUUGAACAACCCCGAUACCCUAACCAAGUACAAGACUGCUGCUCAGAUCUCGCACAAGGUUCUUGAAGCUGUCUCAGCGCAAUGUGUCGAGGGAGCCAAGAUCAUUGAGCUGUGCCAACAAGGUGACAAGCUCCUGGAAGAGGAACUUGCCAAAGUCUACAAGGGCAAAAAGAUCCAGAAGGGUAUCGGUCACCCCACGACUGUUUCUCCUAACUCCCAUGUGACACCGUACACCCCCUUGGUUUCGGAAACCGCGGAGGCGGAGACAACUCUGAAGGCUGGUGAAAUCGCAAAGAUCCAGCUUGGUGCCCAGAUCGAUGGAUUCGGAACCAUCGUUUGCGACAUGGUCGUUGUUGGCGCUUCCGAGGUUACCGGCCGCGAGGCGGAUCUGAUCCACGCGACCUACUACGCCAAUGAACUGCUUCUGAGACUGAUGGCUCCCCCCGGUCUCCUUGCUACUGGAUCUGACGAGGAGAAGAAGAAGGCCGCCGCCGAGAGACCUCCCACCCAGGCCCGCAUCACGCAGCUCAUUGAGAAGAUCGCUAAGACCUAUGACUGCACCAUCGUUGAGAACACCACCAGCUGGCUUUUCGAGCGCAACGAGAUUGAAGCUGAAAAGAAGAUCAUCCUUUCCCCCGGCUCCGGCGUUAAGGGCGAGGGUGUUCCUGAUGUUGGCGAGGUUUGGGGUGUUGAGGUUGGCCUGUCCCUUGGAUCCGGGAAGGUGAAGAACCUGGACCUCCGUCCUACCCUGCACCGGCGUACUACCACGACAUACCAGCUCAAGAGACCCAGCUCUCGAGCGACUCUCACCGAGAUCGUCAAGAAGUUCGGCCAGUUCCCCUUCAGUCUGCGCCAGCUUGAUGACGAGAAGGCAGCUAAGGUUGGUGUUAUUGAAUCCGUUCGCAACGGUGUCUUGAGGCAAUAUGAGCCUGCGGGUGAUGCUGACAACGCUGCGGUUUCCCGUUACCUGACCACAAUUGCGAUCACCAAGAACGGUAUCACCAAGCUGGCGGCUCCCGCUACGCCCGACUUCGAGAAGAUCAAGUCUGACAAGAAGAUCGAGGAUGAAGAAAUCCUCAAGAUCCUGGAGCUUCCCCUGUCCAAAUCCACAGGGUCGAAGAACAAGAACAAGAAGAAGAAGGCUAAGAAGGCUGACGGGGCUGACGAGUAAAUGAACUUCUCGAUUGGAUGAGCUUUUGUGUAUCUAUUGGACCUCUCUCGAGGUCUCAAUUCAAACCUGCAGCCUGAUAUCGUGUCCAGUGGUUAAUACUCACUGGAGCCUCCUGUCACCACAAGCCGGAGCUGGCAAGAUUCUCAUAUAGGAAACAGAGCCGAAGUCGGAACCAAAUUUCUGGUCCCAGGCGCUUCUUUCUUGUAUCCUCAUAAGGAGACUUUAUUACUUAGUCUAUACAUAAAAAGUCACAUGA